AUGUGCAGUCCAGUUUUAAAUCUACCAAGCUAUAAAGACCCUCCAGAGUGUAUACCAUGCUAUCCAGUGAAGGGUCUCCAAUGUUUACCUUGCGGAAUGGACCCAGUAACAGUUCGCCGACCCCUCAUAGUCCACGACAGCACUUUCGACUACCGCCCUACCAGUUACCCUGGAAUGCUGCUUAACAAUCAAGAUAAGAAAGUCAGAUAUCAGUUGGUCAACUUCCAAAGACCUACGUGGUGGUUGUCCUUCGCCAUGCUGUUCACCAUGUCAGCCCUCUCCGUGUUGUGGAGGAGCUGGCUCCCUCGUCACAGUUUACAGUCAAGUAGCACAUAUACAGUGACCCGGUGA